UCAGGGGCAGACUGAAAGGGAGGGAAGUAAGAGAGGGAGAGAAAAUGGAAGCAGUCUGCUAUACAUUUUUUUUCUCCACACACAAACUUUCAAAAAGAGAAAAGACGAUAAGAGCCGAUGACGAUCAACCGAUUGGGAAUGAGAGCGAGAGAUAAAGAAAUAGGGAGGAAUAACACGAACCUGACUCUGAGUAUACUGCACAACUGAUGAGAACAUCAAAUAUUACGUGUUUGAGGCCUUGAGGCCUUCAUUGACCAAGGAGAGAGAGCAGGUGGACACUUCUGGUCCUGGAGGGUUGCAGUGUGUACAGGCUUUUAUUCCAACCCUCAGAGCCCUGACAGAGAGAGAGAGAGAGCAUGUCUUCUAACUUGGACUCCAGUCUAACCAGCAUAGACUGGCUCCCCCAGCUGGGAAUCAGCUCACUGCGAUCAGGAAGAGAGAGAGGAGGAGAAGAGGGGGAGAGAAAGAAAGAGAGAGGGAGGGAGAGAAGUGAUCUUCCUCCAUCCAUCCCUGUCCCCUUUCCUUCCUCUGGAUCCAAAGCCAAGCCCCCUCACAGCUAUGCCACCCUCAUCGCCAUGGCGAUAGGUGCCGCCCCCGGCAGGAAGUUGAGUUUGAAUGACAUCUACAUGUGGAUCAGUGACAUGUUUCCCUACUACAGCAGAUCUGCCAGGGGAUGGAAGAACUCCAUCCGCCAUAACCUGUCCCUCAAUAAAUGCUUCCGGAAGGUUCCUCGACCCCAAAGUGACCCUGGGAAGGGUUCCUAUUGGAUGAUGGACGGCUCCUCAGAGCCCAAUCCGCUGAGAGGAACCAAGCGUCCAUAUCCAGCUGAAGAGGAGGAGGGGUCCAUCCAGGUCCCCAAUGUCUCAGUGAUGCAGCCAGAGAAACAGCAUUCACCUCAGACAGACCAUUAUAGGCCUUUAGCAUCUCCACAGACAGACCAUUAUACGUCUUUAGCAUCUCCACAGACAGACCAUUAUACGUCUUUAGCAUCUCCACAGACAGACCAUUAUAGGCCUUUAGCAUCGCCACAGACAGACCAUUAUAGGCCUUUAGCGUCGCCACAGACAGACCAUUAUAGGCCUUUAGCGUCGCCACAGACAGACCAUUAUAGGCCUUUAGCAUCUCCACAGACAGACCAUUAUAGGCCUUUAGCAUCUCCACAGACAGACCAUUAUAGGCCUUUAGCAUCUCCACAGACAGACCAUUAUAGGUCUUUAGCAUCUCCACAGACAGACCAUUAUAGGCCUUUAGCAUCUCCACAGACAGACCAUUAUAGGCCUUUAGCAUCUCCACAGACAGACCAUUAUAGGCCUUUAGCAUCUCCACAGACAGACCAUUAUAGGCCUUUAGCAUCUCCACAGACAGACCAUUAUAGGCCUUUAGCAUCUCCACAGACAGACCAUUAUACGUCUUUAGAAUCGCCACAGGAACCCAGUCAACAACUAUCCCCCCCACCAUGCAAGCAACGGCCACCCUAUAUGCAGUCCCUUGUCUCCUCUCUCCCUGUCCCCCAUGAUACUGUCUCCCCAUCUACUGCCUCUGCUACUCUCCCCUCUCUUUCUAUCCCUCAUUCUCUCUCCUCUGUUUCUGUCCCUCACUCUCUCCCCUCUCUUUCUGUUCCUCAUUCUCUCUCCUCUGUUUCUGUCCCUCACUCUCUCCCCUCUCUUUCUGUUCCUCAUUCUCUCUCCUCUCUUUCUGUCCCUCACUCUCUCCCCUCUCUUUCUGUUCCUCACUCUCUCCCCUCUCUUUCUACCUCUCACUCUACUGUCCCCUCUUCUGUCUCCCCUCAAAGUCUCCCUCCUUCUGUUCCCGCUCUCUCUGUUCCCGCUCUCUCUGUUCCCUCUCUUUCUGUCCCAUCUCUUUCUGUUGCCCCCACCUACGCCUCGUCACACUCCUGUGAUCCCCUUCUCCGUUUCUCCUUCUCUGAUCUGAACCUGCCAGACCUCUACACCUCCUUCCAGUCUCUCUGCAGAAGCGUCAGGGAGAGAGUGGCCUCGCAAUCGGACGUGGGUCCAUUAUUUGUGAUGACCAAUGACAGUACCCCACUGCACACCCCAACCUUCCCCCCCUUCUCCCCUCACCUUGUACCCUCUGUAGCGCCCGGGCCUCCUCCUGAGGCAGACAGACUGUCUCACAGCAGUGUGGUGCCAGCAGACUGGUUCAGUACUACAGACACUCUGAAGGAGAGCUUUAGGGUCGCCAGCAAUCUGGACUGGGCCAACAUUGACCUCACUAGCCACCCAGACCUCCUGGAGAGCAUGCGCCAGGCCGAGCUCUGUGAUUGGGCGCUGGAGCCGACACUCUUCACUUCACUCUGUGAUUCAUUGAAUCGUUUCUUCACUCAGAAGGGCCUAAUUGGCUCAUCCUCCGGUAACAACUCCCCAUUGGCCCACGGUGCCCCUCAAUCUCUGCUCCUCCCACCCCUUACUCACAUCACCCCCACCCUGGCCAGCCUGACCCACCCCUCUCCCCUGGCCUACCCCCCUCUGGUCCCCCCUUCCAGCAGUGGGCAGCCUCCCAGGAGGCCCCUCCACCCCCAAACUCAAGGUGUACAGAGGCCCCACCUGACCCAAACUGAAGCCCUUCAGGCCAAUGCUGGGAUCCAACUUCAACCUAAACCCCGUCCCCCUAUGAAACAUCUCCAUAACAACAGCGAGGAGAUCCAAGAUGACUUUGACUGGGACUCUCUGAUCGCCUGAGAGUGAAUUCUGUUUGCCCCAUGAUUCCAUUCAGGAAGUCUACUGGACCAGUGUUGCCUGCCAGCACAGAUCUAGGAUCAGCUUACCCUUCCCAAAACAAACCUGGACCACUGGGAGGAAACAUGCAAAACUGAACAUAGAUCAGUAUCUAGGGCAAACUUCCUCCUACUCCGAGGGGCCUCCCAUACGAAACACUACACCCUAUAUUCCUCACCAUACACGCUACUCUUGCCAGUGAGGAUGGUCAUUGAUACUGCAUUCAGUCAUAAUGUAUUUCUAUAGUGAAAUGGUUGAAAGAAAGGCUUUUGGUUCCUACUUAUUUUCUGCAAUUGUAUCCCUAUCUGGAAGUCUUCACAGAAGCUUCUGGACAUGCGUAUAUCCUCUAACUGACAGAGAAGACUUCAUAUGUUAAUAACAUACUAUAAAAUUAAUCCUUGUCCCAGUUUUUCCAUCCAACAGCAUUGGAACAUCAAACACACAGUACACCAGACAGACAGAUUUAACGUAAGGAAACAUACCCUUUGUGGAUUUGUUUUAUUUCUUAAAUUUCUUAUUUUUUUUUUCAUUUUACUUUUCAAAUGUGAAUGUUCACAGUUAACACCACACAAAAUGUGACCUUUCCCAAUAAAAGAGAUAUUUUAGUUGAUAUAAAAUAACAAUCAAUUCAUCAAACUAAAUGAAAAGAAACAGCAUGGAGCAUGUCAUCAAGUCCCCUGUUGUUUAAGUUCGUUCAUUCAUUGAAUUGUCUUUUUAAAAGAAGCAUCUGCAGCUCUGCGCCCGUAGGAACAAGGGUCAGAAAGGAGAGGGUCCAGUCAUGUCGAGACACCUGGAGACGAGACAUCCUGUAUGAAAGAGUGAGAAAGACUAAUGCUUCUGAUUAAUACAAAACAUUUGUGAAAUAAAAUUGGCAGAAAAAUGUGAUCCUUAUAAUACCUCAUUUAAAAUCCCAACAUCACAUAGCAUUGAUACAAGUGACAAUUUUUAAAAACAAAAAUAAUAGAUUUGUAUCUUGCUGAAAUAAGCAAGGAUGCAGGAUGAAUGGAGACAGACACAUUCACACACACACCCUCUUCCACACAACACAUUUACAAAACACAUUCCAUCUCUCCUCAACCAAUUCAAUAGUUGCCUUCUUGAUUUCAAUGACAAUCAGUAAGAAAAAAUAAGCAUUUGAUUUUAUGGCAUAAUUUUUCCCCCUUUGUUUAUUCAUUCUCAGGAGCGGAAAAAAUUAUCAAUAAAUUAUAUUAAACAUUAAAUAAAAAAUAGAACAGCUAUUGAAUGAUUUGACUAUAUUGUGGCUGAAAUGUUAAUGCCAGUUUUUUCAGUCCAAAUCUUGUUCAGGAGUUUUUUUAAAUAAAAUCCUCCUUCAAUCCUC